GACAGAAAUCGUAUUUUGAGUGAAGAAAUUAGUCAAGGUAGGGUGUGACAAAAGUUUGGAUUGGUUGCAACUUUAUCACGUGACUGUGCAGAUUUCAAAAUGGCUGCCUCUGGAUACAUUGAUUGUACGAUAGCUCUCAAUAUAAGAUUUAAGUUUAUGGUAUUUUAAUCCAUACAGCUUAUUACAAUGCACUUUAAAAUGAAAACACGCAACAAUGGGCUCACAAACGCUUGAAAUUUUACGACAAGGUGUCUGGGCUUCGCUCACAGGAGGUUGGUUUUAUGACCCACAUCAGGAUAUUUUCUGCAACACAUUUCACCUUUAUAUUUGGCUGUUUCUCUUAUGUCUGCCGUUCACAAUAUAUUUGUAUUUCCCUCCAACGUUUCUCGUUUGGGGUGCAUACUGUGCAACUAUAGCACUCCUUUUUGCAACUUUGAAGUUAGCAAACUUUGGUCUGCAUCACAUGUAUGACACAUCAGAGUGCAUCCAGGAAGUGAACGAGGAUGGCCGUCCAGAAAGUGAGACGAGACACCAACAGAUCCCCAAAGAAAGACGGGAGGAGGAAGGCAUUGAACUGCAGGUUUUGAGCAGCAAGCGGUCGAGUGAGACUCCGCCUGUGGGCUGCAGCUCACGUAACUCAUACAUUGAGCCCCAACAAGGGGGUGGAACUGAUGCAGACAGUAUCAACUCUUCUGAAUACCCGAACCAAGAUUCUGUUGAGGACAUGACCUUCAAGAACGGAAGCAGCACAAUAGAUCUAAAGGUGGAUGUUCAUCGGAAAAACAGUUCAGAAAGUGGCGAGGAAGUGGCAACACUGCGACCUGUAGUAGAGAGAGUUAGUGUUCACCGAGCAGAACAGUGUACUCAAGCAGACCAUGAACGCUACAGAACUAAAUUACAAGCAGAGAGCAGAUCAAAACGCCAGAGAGCAUGCGGUGGUAGUGUCUCGGUGCCUGUUAUGGAUGAUAACAAGUCUGCAAUGUCUCGAAUGAACAAGAGCCCCAGUUCGAACAAGCUGUCUCGCCAAACCUCUUCAACAGAUUCCCAGGAGGAUCACAGCAGUCAGGGAGCAGAACUAAAGCCAUCACUUGUUUCUGCGGAGACUGGACCUGGCAUCUCCAGUUCCACAGUUUCUGUUCCUCCAGCCAGACGAUAUUCCAAUGCUACAAGUCACAAUUAUAGUAUUCUGCCAGUGGCCAUCAAGGCAACUGGGUCACUUGAACUGGGCGGGUACAUGCUGGAUGCAACGUCUGAUAACACCUCUACCCCCAGAGACAAGGGUUUGAUCUACUGGAAACAGCAGAAUUCACGCGGUGGUGUGCGACGGAUACGUAGUGGCAUGCUUGACUCCUGCUGUCCGCCAACCAGUUUUGAAUCUGGGAUUGUUGAUGGCCGAGGCGCUCACUCCAGCGACGGUGGGUCUCGACACGACCCCCCACCCUCCGCUUUGCUGCGUGGCCGUCUGUCCCUGUCACCGUACUAUGGCUAUGGCAGUGAGAUUGUGUACCCCAUUGCAGAGCAUUCGGAUGAACCGGCUCACAGCCAUAAUGGACCCGACGCAUCUGCCGCAGACGGCAGCACUCUGUCUCUUCGCCCAACGGUUGUUCCCGAUUCUGAUGAUUGCGAAGAUGAAGAGGAUAAUGCUGGCUCCCGAUCUCCUUUACUAGUGCGUCAUGAAAGUUUUGAAAACAAGACUGUCGUAGGGUCUUCAGAUAGUGGUGGUGGUGGAAUUGGCAGUGGGGAGAGGAGAGGAGGCAAAGAACCGAGGUUCUCAUCGUCCAGCUCAGCUAGGACUAGCAGAAAGAAAUGUGUAGUGUCCAGUAAGUCAGGGAACUCGUUCAGCACAGGUUCUUUGGAUCAGUCUGUGUUCCGAAAACAUUUUCCUGUCGUGGGCAGCGAAGAUGUAUUAGGCGGGGAUAUGUUGGCAGACCGGACUAGUGCUUCCUCCAAAGAUGGCCUACUGGCAACAGAAGUUUCAGUGUCUGUGGGGGUUUCUGGCCUGGCCAAUGGUGAACACGUGCCUGAGGGUUGUGGCAGCAGAAGAUGUUCAGACAGUGAUGGAGCUGUCAGUGAGUGUGAUAAUACUGACAGCCUGAGUGACAGCAGCAGGCAAAGACACCGACAUUCUUUGAAAGCGACGCUCGCUGAGGAAGUAGGUGCAAGAAUGAAGUGUGAUGCCUCCUGGCACCAGCGAUCUGAAGGUGGCAUAGAUGCUGCUCCUGCCGCUGAAGUACCGAGUCUCGUGGGGCUUGAUUGGCUUUUUGAGCACACUGACAGCGAACCUGAUGACACACCACACUCCAAUCCUGAUGCCACACUUUGGAACUACACACACUCUGACGACGACGACGAGAGAAGCUGCGGAGAUGCUCUUCAGUCUGCCACAGACUCGGAUGGACACAAUAAUGGAAACAGCAGUAAGGAGACAGAUGCUGAGUCUGGGGGAAGUUCGAGUACCACCACAUUGAGUUUUGAGCCCAGCCUUGAGGUUACGAAACUUCUGCAAGGUCCACCUGGAGAGAUGGUGUCUGGUGCCAAGAACCAAGGAGCGAUCCCAAAACAGAGAACAGGGAUUCCUGCAGAAUCGUCUAAGGGACCGGCAUCCAGACAGCAUGUGACGGCUGGUGAUGCGGAACACAGAAGACAGACCAGGAGGCCAGCAAGGGGCCGAGGUCACAGUGAGAUGGCAAGUGGCAGUGUAGAUAAUGGAGUAGGGGCCUCUACAAAUAAACAAGUUCGCCUGCUUUGCAAGGAGUCGAGGGGCGGAGCUGAGAGAGAGAAACUUCCGUCCAUACCUGCAGAAGGAAUUGAAAAUCAUGCUGUUAUGUCAUCCUCACCACAGGAUCAUCCUCUAACAUGGCAGAAGAAGCGGGAUCUGAUGCCCAAGGCGGGCAAGGAAUCAAAUCCAACGGGAGAAGGAACGAGCGGUUCGUCUGGCUCUGCAACGGAGUUGAGUUCGUUGUUGCCACCGCCUGCCGUGCCUCUCCUUGCGACUUUUCUUGCCACCAGGCGAGAAGUCCCUUCGGGGUAUUCCUGUGGACCACCCGUCAUAUCUACUGAUCCUGUAGAUGCUGUGGUCAACGGUGUAGACUUGUGGGCAAAUGUCCGUACACAACAUCGGAGACUUAAGAGAUCUAGUAGAACGCACAGGUCUCGACCUGGUGGCCGCAGUAAUGAGCCUGUGCCAUGUUCUAUACCAUUGGCAGCUCUGGCAUCGGCGGUGGCAGGAGGUGGCACUGGGACGCACAUAGCGACGUCUCAUGACGACACCUCUGAAGGAGCUGUUCAUUGUUUCCGGGAUGAACACGGGAACUGGCUGAGUUACACUUUUGCAGAGAAGGGAACAGGGACAGCCAACAUGGGCGUGAUGCCUAUAGCAGCUGCUGCGGCUGCCACAGCCAAUAGCAAGCUGCUUAGCACUUUGCUCAGGCAACAGCACCGUCAUUUGGGAGGGGGUAGUGAUCCGACGACCUGGGAUGCCAGUGUCACUGGUGGGGGAACAGACUCUCUAUCAAACUCUUCAGCGUCGAUAAACUCGUCUGGGCUCACGGUGAUUCUGGAUCGCCAGACUAAUGUAGGAAGCGUCACUCCUGCUGCUGCAUGCUGCCACUAUAAGUCUUCUGGUGGUCAGGCAUCCUAUUCCAAAGGCAUUGCCCCUAUCCCUCUUCUCCCCGUUCUUCCGUCCACUUCGGCAUCAUCCCAUCUGCACCCAGGCGGUGUGUAUAUCUUAGAAGCCGUUGUCUCUCCAUCCUCUGCUGGUAGCCAGCAGCGCAGUCCAUUCCACAUCCUGUCUGACAUGCACAUAGCCACUGAGAGAAACAGGCAGGCAAGACAUCAACAUCAUCAUACCAACCCUGGUGCCAUGCUGAAUGAGCCAAAUUCUACAAUAGUCUCGAUGCCACCUGGCUCUGGCUCACAAGGGGACCCUGACACAGACAUCACACUUGCUCGGAACCACUUCAGAUAUAUGGAUGCAGUAGAGACCCCUAACAAAUUGGGUCCUAGUCGACCGCGGCACUACUACAAGUACUGGAUCACACCGUGCACUCACGUGAAGAUCCAUUUCGAUCGCCUUGCCCUCCUUGCCCUUCUGGACCGCAACCUCACAUGGGACGAGACACUACUUUCACUUUUACUAGCCGUUCUGGUAGCAGCAUUUGGCUCUCUGCUCCUUCAGUUAGGCUUCUUUCAAGAUAUAUUUGCAUUCAUAUUUUGUUUCGUGAUAGCUGGGUGCCAGUAUUCACUUAUUAAGAGUGUCCAGCCUGAUGCAUCAUCUCCCACGCAUGGAUUUAACCGCAUCGUAGCAUUCAGUCGGCCUGUGUACUUCUGUCUAGUUUGUGCCCUGGUGCUCAUCUUGCACCAGGCUACUUUUUCAGAGAAUGAAAGCUACAGUCAGACUACCUUCACUCUUUAUGGAGUGUACUUCACAAACCAGGCAAUGGUGAAAGUGUCACGCGAUGUUCUAGUUACAUUUCUUCUUUGCUUCCCUAUUGUGUUCAGUCUGGGGCUCUUCCCCCAAAUCAACACAUUUCUUAUGUACCUUUUGGAGCAAAUUGACAUACAUGUAUUUGGUGGUAAUGCAACUUCCAGUUUACUAGCCUCAGCUUACUGCGUCUGCCGCAGCGUCCUCGUAGUGUGCUUCCUGUAUGGGUUUGCUUUUGGUGCACUUAGUGAGCCAAAGAAUUCCCAGCACAUUCUGUUCUCAAUAUUCUGCGGCUUACUCGUCUCCACGGCCUACCACUUGAGUCGAAGCGCAAGUGACCCUUCUGGUCUCUGGAAUAUAGUAAAGAGACACUUGUGGCCUCCGCAUGACUUUCUCCAUGACCCUUCUUCCUCAACUGUACCAGGAAAACCUCAAAAUAAAUGCCAUCGCCGUCCAUAUGUGCACCACGACCACUACCAUCUUUAUCAGUUGCCCCAGAAACAGAAUGCUGUGCUGAAUGAAAAGAGAAAGUGUAGUGGAACUGGUAAAAAAACUACAGCUGCUAACAGAACAGACUGUCCGUCAAAUUGGAGUAGCAAGAAACAAAAGCCAAGCAUGCCAGAAUCUUCUGCUACCGCAGAGAAAGAGAAGGAGCUUGUGGAUCCUCUGCCGCUGAAGCUGCAAAACACAGUGAAUGCCAGAUUGAAAUCAGAUGUGAUCAUCUGCACAUUGGUAGCAGUGUUUGUGUUUGGAAUCCACUGCAGCACAGUGUUUGUAGCUCUCCAGCCUGAGCUGAACCCGGUGCUGUGGGCCGUGGUUGGGUUCCUUGGCUUCAUCCUUCAUUACGUGUUUCCUCAGCUCAGGAAACAGUUGCCGUGGCUGUGUUUAGCGAGACCAGUGUUCCGUAUGCAUGAACACAGCCAGUUUGAAGUCAGGGAUGCAGCAAGAGUCAUGUGGUUUGAAAAAGUGUACGUUUGCCUGUGUUUCCUGGAACGCAAUGUCCUGUACCCAGUCUUGUUCCUUGGUGCUCUAACAAGUGACUCUCCCAAGGUCAUCCAGAAACUUGGCCCAUUGGGUGGAUCAUUGGUUGUUGUAGUGUGUGGGCUUAAGUGCCUGCGUGGAUCGUUUUCUGACGCGUCAACCCAGUACCUCGUGUUAGUGUUUGCUGCCCUCUUCUUCCAAAUGGAUUAUAAUAGUGCAUCAGAGACGUUUCUCAUCGAUUACUUCUUCAUGGGGAUUGUCUUCAGCAAAACCUAUGNGUUCAUCUUUCAGGUGCAGUUUGUGGUGACGUACAUUGCUCCCUGGCAGAUAACAUGGGGUUCUGCAUUUCAUGCAUUUGCUCAGCCAUUCAGCGUGCCACACUCGGCAAUGUUGUUUCUGCAAGCAGCUAUAUCAGCAGCCCUUUCUACACCUCUCAACCCUUUUUUGGGUAGUGCCAUUUUUUUGGCAUCGUAUGUUCGGCCAAUCAAGUUCUGGGAGAGAGACUACAACACGAGACGUGUCGAUCAUUCUAACACCCGGCUCUCGUCACACUUAGAACGUAAUCUGGGAGCAGAUGACAACAAUCUGAAUUCUAUCUUUUAUGAACAUCUGACACGUUCACUGCAGCAUUCCCUCUGUGGAGACUUGAUAUUGGGCCGCUGGGGUCCAGUGAUGCAAGGAGACUGCUUUGUGCUGGCAUCAGACUACCUCAACUGCCUCGUUCACAUCAUUGAGCUUGGCAAUGGACUGGUAACGUUUCAGAUGCGUGGCCUUGAGUUCCGAGGAACCUACUGUCAACAACGAGAAGUUGAAGCCAUCUCUGAGGGUGUUGAGGAGAAUGAUGGAUGCUGCUGUUGUGAACCAGGGCACUUGCCUCACAUGCUUAGUAUGAACGCCGCAUUCAGCCAGCGUUGGCUUGCGUGGGAGGUGACGGCUACCAAGUAUGUGCUUGAGGGCUACAGCAUCUCGGACAACUCUGCCAUCUCAAUGUUGCAGGUGUUCGACUUCCGCAAGGUUCUCAUCACCUAUUAUGUUAAGAGCAUAAUAUUCUACGCUGUCCGUUCUCCGCGCCUAGAUGAGUGGCUGAGUUCUCCUACCAUUCUUGAUGCACUGCAGCCAAUGCUGGAUAAGAAUUUUGUUGAUCUCGACCCUGUAUUCAACAUGAAUAUUGAUGAAGACUAUGACUUCAGGGCUUCAGGAAUCACACGCAACAGUUUCUGCAAUGUAUACAUGGAGUGGAUCUGUUUCUGUGCUGUUAAACGCAGCCAGCCGCUGAUUAUUGAGAAGGACUCUGUGCUAGUGUCUCUGUGCUUUGCGCUCAGUUUGGUUGGACGACGCACCCUCGGAGCAGCUUCGCAACAUAAUACUGUUACCAGCGUCGAAUUCUUCCUGUACGGAUUGCACGCCCUCUUUAAGGGAGAUUUCCGCAUCACCUCCGUUCGAGACGAAUGGAUUUUCUCUGACAUGGAGUUAUUACGCAAGGUGGUGGCACCAGGAGUUCGAAUGUCUUUGAAACUGCAUCAGGACCACUUCAUGUCUCCAGAUGAAUAUGAGGAGCCAUCAGCCCUGUACGAGGCCAUCUCGUCACAUGAAGAGAAGCUGGUUAUAUCACAUGAAGGUGACCCAAUGUGGAGAAAUGCUGUCUUAUCAGGCACACCAUCACUUCUUGCUCUCAGGCAUGUCCUAGAUGAUGGCACAGAUGAAUACAAGAUAAUCAUGUUGAACAAGCGCUACCUGAGUUUCCGAGUUAUCAAAAUGAACCGAGAGUGCGUUCGAGGCCUGUGGGCAGGUCAACAGCAGGAACUGGUGUACCUUCGCAAUCGAAAUCCUGAGCGUGGCUCUAUUCAGAAUGCUAAGCAGGCAUUGCGCAACAUCAUCAACUCAUCUUGUGAUCAACCAAUAGGCUACCCAAUCUAUGUGUCGCCUCUCACCACUUCGUAUGCUGAGACUAACGAGCAGCUCUGUAGCAUUGUCGGAGGUUCGCUGAGUUUUGAGGCUAUUAAAAAGACUGCCAUUACGUUAUGGAGGAGGGUGCGGCAGCGGUGUGGUGAGGGCUGUUCUAGUGGGGGGUCUGUCCCUCAAGAUGAUGGGGGAUUUGGAAAUGAGGGAGUCUAUGCUAUGACUACCUGCAACAUUCAUUCAGGGUACACACCCCACCCCUCCAGUGGCCACAACACUUCGGGUAGUCAGUCAAUGGACAGCGGUCAGAUCGGAGGUAGCGUAGGAAGAGGAGGCUCUCUGGGGCGAGGAGGUACUCGAGGCAGUAUCGUCUCGGUGGGGAAGCCGUCCUCUUCGACUCUGGCGAGUCUUGCAGGGCUGUUGUCUGCUGCGGAGUCUGGCACCAAGGCAGAGAGUUCUUUUAGUCAAGGUGUCCACAAGAAGGAAGACAGGGAGGUUGAUCCUCCAGAAGGCAACCUCACUGCAGACAAGGAGCCAGUGUUCCAAAGGGUGCGGAUCCAGGACCCAAACCAGGUGUACGACGCUAUCAACCUUGGUCGUCGGAUUGAUGUAGUCUGGCCUGAUGAGAGGAUGAGGGCCCGUGGCGGACGUUCCCACUGGCGGGACUGGUUGCCGGAAAAGGGCAUGGAGGGGCAGGUAGUGCAUCGAUGGGUUCCAUCUCAUCGGGAUCCCAAUUGCAGAUCUCACGUGGACCGAACCAUUCUUCUGGUAAAAAUUGAUGACAAGUAUGUCCCAAUCGCUGAAAGUGGAACGCAAGACUUGGGCGCAGAAGUAUAGCACAAGAGAUUGUGCCGCCGGCACAGACAUAGAUCCAGGCUCUCUCACGUGUGAGAGUUAAACAUUCCUACUUUGUAUGCUACUUAAAUGGUCACGUGUUCCUAUGUGUGCCACCAUAUCCCUCUAUGGUGCAGAAUGGUAACUAGUGUGAGUAUUAUUGCAUGUUGAACAGCGAGUGUUGCCAAUGGCAAAAUUUGAGAGCUAUACCAAAUAAUACAAUGAUGUGUCAUUAUGGCGUGGCAAAACGAAUUAACAUUUCUGAGUGUAAAUCAAGUAUUACAGAACCACAGAUGUAGUGAAGGCCAUGCAUCUCCUUAUUCCCAUAUUCAAGCAACGUGCCCUGAAUUUUUCCCCGUCGGGCACCACCACCAAUCCAUCUGUGGCGUGACGUUCGUCACGUAACCGAAGACAGUCUUUAUCGACGACGAUCGGCCUUGUUGUGACGAGCCGAUCUGUCUGCUAAGAACGGUGGAACCAUGUCAUGUUGUUAUAUUUAUAAUCGACGGUAGAGGAGCAGAUUGUUAUCAUGUAUUGUACAGAGCUUUUAUACUUGUAGAUGAUUUCACAGGAUGCCUUAAGAACUAUCAGACUGAAUCUAAUAUUUAAAUGGAAGAGAUAAUAAAACCUUUUUUAUGCCAUUGCAGACUAAAUGACUACAGAUAUUCUUUAGAAAGUUUGAAACAUAUUUUAAGAAUAUGAAUCAGUAAUUCAAGUGGCUGUGUGUCAAAGAGCCUCUGAAACGAUAAUAGUAAAUAUUUGUGAGUGUUUUAUUGCUUUAUACCAGUAUUUGCUUGUCACUUCUUUGUUUAUGUAGGCGAAGUGAUAAGAUGCAGUCCGAGACUGUGAUACGUACUGGCCGCAGCCUUGUCUUAUUAAUGUUGUUGAUUAUUUAUUUAUUUUUGCCGGCACUUGCUCCUGUGUUUUUUUUAAAGACUGCGAAUGUUUUGUUGACUUAUUCAAAAUAUAAUUUAUAUAUAUUUUUAAAUGUUUUAUCAAUACACCUCAUGUAAUAUGUCCUAAUUUUAAAGAGACUUUUGAAUGUUUUCAACUACAGAAUACUCGGGAGAUCGGAAAUGUGCGUGUGUGUUGGGUUCGGCGCUGUCUCAGUAAAAAGGAUGCGCUCGGUAAUGUGAGAGCGCCAGAUGUGACGGUGGUUACGGCGAGUCUCCGAUUUGCUGGCUCUUUGGGUCGGUUUCGAAAUUGUAUGUCUUUUGCAUGAUGACGGUGUGAAAGUUUGUGCGAGACUGUCGGCUUUUCGCGCGUCUCGUCCUCCCGCGUUGAAUUCGGGACGGAUCUUAAAAAUGUUCGGCGUUGCGGCUGCUGCCAGCCAUGUUAACGUGUAGUUGCAUGACAUUGAGAGAUACUUUAGUAUAAAUACUUUUAAGAUUUGAAUUUUCCAAACUUCACAAAAUAAAAAUCUACUUCAUAUUAUUGCUGCUUGUAGAAAUGAGGAAGCGUAAUAAUCAUGUCUAUACUCUGUGCAGUCUUGUAAGUCCAGUAUAGGAUAUUUAUUUGUUUUGUGUCUGUAAUAAUUCGUGUCUGUUUCAUUUGCGGUUUAGGUUGCUGAGAGAGAUUAACCUACUCGUGUAUUUUACUGCGGAUUUACAUUAUAGGGAAGAGCUAUGAAAUUUGCGCCUUCCCACCGUUGAAUAUUUUACAUGAUUGUUGUUCAUGAUCCCAUGAUAUUGGUGCAGCAACAGUAAAUCAUUCCAUUUCUAAUAUGUACGGAAGGCAACUAUUAUUGGAAUGUUAAUUUUUUGCUACUUUGUCUCAGAUUUAAUGCUGGUGGGUUUAUAGGCGCGUCAGCUACUCCGUCUAUCAGCGUCAGAUUUGACGCUGGUCUAAAGAACAGCUAAACAUGUUUCUACUGAAAGGAUCAUUUUCACAAUUCAAGAUAAAUACUCCCCACCUCAGUCGGAGAGGAAUCGUCGUUUUCGAAACGGUCGUAGUUCGAAGAGAAUGCGGUACUUGAAUAAUUUUCUUCUGUUAAAGUUAUACCGUGUGAAAUUAGAUUUUUGGAUAAAACACAAUAAAUUGCUUUAUGAACUGAGACAAAGAUGGCAAAUUUAUUAAAUGAAUGUGCGGACAGCUUUUGUGUUUCAUGGUUUCAACUUCCAUUUCUGCCUUUGUAAAUGCAGGAAAAGGAUAGAGCUGGUGUUUUUGAGUCUCAUUGUCUGGCUUCUGUGUUUGAAAAUCAAAGAUUGUAUGCAGUCUUAAAUCAUGUGUUACAGUAAGACCAACAUGUAGGCGUAAACUACGCCAUUGCUGUCAGGUGCAGUUUCAUUGUAUCCAUGUGACAGUCCAGUUGAUAAAAUUUGAUAAUGUCUUUA